AUGGCACGGCAAACGAUAAGGAAGGACGAAUUCAGAUUUUGGAGGAGUCAGAGGAGUAUUGUCACGGAAAGUUUUGGCGAGACAAUUGACCCAAACGAUACGGACCUUUGUGAACAGGCUAUUUUGGCACCCACGAAACAAGAUGAGCACGUCUACAAAAGCAUUAACGAGGCAUUGCAUUAUGAAGGAAGCUCGGGUGAGUUGUACCUGGUGGAAUACCUAAACACGUUGGAACCCACUGGAAUGCCAGCACAUGAGCUGCUUCUGAAAAAAGGAGUAAUCGUCAUGCUUCUGCGCCAUCUUGACGUUGUCAACGGUCUCCGCAGUGGGACACGACUGAGAGUAGAGACCCUCGGAGUCUAUGUGCUUGGCAGUCGUUUUGUUUGUGGGAGCCGAAAAACCCAGUUAGCUGUAAUACCCAGGACUGACAACUACUGGGAAAAGCAGCUAUCGUUCCGACUGCGAAGAACGCAAUUUUUCCUACGACUUGCUUUUGUAAUGACUAUAAAUAAGGCUCAGGGACAGUCCUUCAAUGAAGUGGGAGUGUACUUCCCGGAAGACCUUUUUAGUCACGGACAACUCUACGUGGCUUUUUCCAGAGUAAGGACGCCAGCUGGACUGAAGGUAGACACAAAGCAUGGUUCAGUGAAGAACAUCCUGUACAACGAGGUUCUGUUAUGA